AUGAAUCCAACAAAGUUUCUUUUUAUUUGUAUGUUUCUGCUCACAAUUUCUUCGAUCAACAGUCGUCGAGUGGAUAUUGGUGAAGCCCUUCGUGCCAUUGGUCCGGUUGAUGAUGCAGUGAAAGCGGUUGAUGAUGUUGCUGUUGCUGCAGUGAAAGCGGUUGAUGAUGUUGCUGUUGCUGCUACUCUUACUCCGGUUGCCGAGGCAGUGAAAGCAGUUGAUGAUGUUACUGCAAACAAGAAGAAGAAAGGCUUCCCUGACUGGAUAAUAACCAUUAUUAACCAUUAUUGGUGGUAUUUCUUAUCUUCUUCCUGCUUCUGUUCCUCCUCCCGUUUAAUAAAAUACUAG